AUGUCUCGUGUUGCUCAGCUUGAUUCAGUGGUGCUAGAUCAGGAAGUGGACCAUCUGAUAUGGAAUAUAUUCCAGAAGGAUUUCAAAGUAUCAAAGUAUGCUGAGGAGUGCCAAUUUCUGCUACGGUGUCUGGUGUUUAUAUGCGGUUCAAAGAGUGUAGAUGGAGUUAACACAACCACGUAUGGAUCUCGACUCAGUGGUGUUUAUUAUCUUUGCAGAAAGAGAACUCUGUUUGUCUCUAACAUUCUGAUACAUUACCUCUACAGGAAACUGUCAAACCUAUAUUUCUCUUCAAACAACAUAUCAGAACGGACAUUGAGACUGUACAGAUGGAUUUCAACCCUGUAUGGAGUCCUAGACCUUACAACUUUUCUAAGGUUCUUGUUGUCUGAUGGAAACACAAAAUAUUUGUCUUUGACAAACAGACUAUUGGGGAUUGUAACUUCUGUGGAUAUGCUAUCACCAUCUAGUUUCUAUCAGGACACUGUAUAUGCAGGACUAGAGUACCAAAAUAGGCAAUUACUAUGGAAUGCACUUUUGGAAGUGUUUAACUCUACACUAAUGAACUCGAACAAGUACUUAUGGGACACGAGAAAGAAAAGAGAUAAGCCUGCAAAUGAAACUACCUGCCCGGAAUGUAAUGGAUUCCCUGUUAACCCAUAUCGCUCUUCUUGUUGCAGGGCCAACUAUUGCUAUAUAUGUGGAAUGAAGGCUCUGGCAAGGGAACACUGUACAAAUUGCGGCAAUACCAAACCAGCAAUGCAACAAGUAUACUAA